UUAAUGUGCGCAUCUGAGUUUUAUUGAUGCGAUAAACUGACAGCCUGUGAUGCUGUCCUAUAUAUUAGCGUCGAUCUGCAAAAGAAUAAGAAAGCGAUGGAGCGUAAGAGGUCGGUGCAAUCGAUGAUGGAUCUAUAUGGGGUUCUUCCUCCGUUGGCUUCUUGUAUAAAAUCUGCUGGAUGUGUAUCACACAUUUGACUGGGCUGUUGUUGCGCGCGCGCGCUGGCUGGUCGGAUGGGAAUAAGGUGACGGCAAUCAGCGCCAAAGAGAAAAUAAAAAAGGGAAGAAUCAAAAGGGCAGCCGCUUCAUAUGAGCCCCGGCAACAUAUUAUCGUCAUCAUCAUCAUGGCCAUCGAGGGAGAACGGCCUGAUAAUAAUAAGAGAAAAUACUCAUCAUAUGCUGCCGCUCUGUGUUGUGUAGAGACGACGCCUCAUUGUUGUUGUUUGGAACCAUCAAAGGGAAAUCGAGCGUCGGGGCUAAUGGCAGAUAAAUGACGUCGCGCUUGGUCAAUCAACCGCUCAUCUUCUUUUAUAUAUGUGUGUGCCACUAUUCUCAUAUCUCUCUCCCAAGUUCCGUCUAUAUAUUCUCUUCCACCGUUUUUAUCUCUCCGCCGCUCUUUGAUGAAGGAUCGACACUAUUGGCCGUAUAUACAGGAGAAUGACAAUGGUGAAUCAGUAGCUCGUUGACUGGCCAAUUUCUUUACGAUAAAACGAGCCCAUUGAAUAUCGUGCUGGGGCGACGUGGCGAUGAAAAAUCAAACGCUUUUUAUAUUCAUUAUUAUUCCCGCGCCCGUGUCCCAUUUGAUUCUUUUUUGGCCGUGCUCUCUUUCAACAUCUGCCGUUAUUUUUACAUACAGAAAGUUAGAUUGCUCUUUUUAAUUGACUUGUCUGUGAGAGCUGCAGAGAAUGCCUCGAGGAAAUGGAUCGUUGGACUGGAUGUGUGAUGGAUCAAUUCAUCAUCGUUGAUACAACAAACACGUACGGCGGUGUCUUAUUCAUCAUUUUAAUCGAAACCUGUUACUAUAUUAUUGCACAACACAUAAACGUCGUUCCCGGGAGACGGACGAGGGAAAUUUGACUCGAGCACACACACACACACCCACCCACAAAUUGAACUGUUUGUAUUAUGCAGAUGAGCAGCAGCAGUCGUCGUCAUUGUCUGUCUUUUCAAGAGACUAGCGCACCAUAUAUAGCAGCACUGUGUUGUGUUGUAGCUGGAGGGUUCAAUUCUCUAUUAUGUCAGAGAUUGAAAAUUGGCCUGUUCAUUGAAAAAGCUGCAUAUAAUAUUACCGUCUAGCUGCUGCUGGGCUAGUAUAUACAUCUAGGAAACUAUAUGUGAGAGGACUACACAUAUGACGGCUGCACUUUUGAUAGAGUGUAUUCCUUUUCGUUGGUCUCUUUUCCCCUCAAUGGGGACUUAAAUUGUCGAGAUGGAGAGAAGAAAAGAGACUCGACUCUGAAAGAAAAUAUAACUCUCUCUCUCUGUGUGUGUGCAGCAGUCGGGCCAAAAGGGAGAAGAACUGAAGAAAAAGCUUUUGUCGCCCCUCUUUUCAGCUCUCUGCUCUGUUUUCUAUCGACUGCAGGUAAGAAGAAGGGAAAAAAAGAUAAGAAGAAUGUCCCAAAUAGAAUCAAAAACGUGUGUAUUCACUCUAUAUAUUCCUCCUUCCCCCUAUCUAGCCCUGUAUAUAUAAACACGCUAGUUCAGUUCAAGAGUCAAAAAAGAUAUGCGACUCGUACAACAACGCGGGCAGCAGACAAUAAAAGCCAAAGGGAGUGGAUGUAACGUGUACACAGUAAAUAAAAAUUCCCUCUUCAUCAUUUCCUCCUCGGCUUUGACAUUAUUUCCCAUUUUAGAGAUAUGGAAAAUCUGUUCAAACCGACAACACUCUAGGCGCCCCCCGAUUUUUAUUUUAAAAUUGUACAUGUACAAUUGUACAUGUUUCUCGCAUUUCAAUUGUGCGCGCACUCGUUGCUCUAUAUUUAUUUAUGUCCAUACGGUGCGGAAUGUUGUAACUGGGCGACACAAGGAGCAACCAGGAGCGUGUACGCAUCAUUGGCCACGAAUGGAAAACGCCAUGACAUUUAAUAGACACGUAAUGCAGGGAGCACCACGUUGAUUUGUGUACCAGCAUCAUACGUCGUAUAGAUAGUAUUAAUCUUUUUUUUUACUUUCAUAUUAUACAAUCGACGCUCUCAUAAGGCGCACAGCUCUAUUGUGUAAAGAGGCCUAUAAAUUUCAUUCUUUUCUCCUACCCAUUUUCUUAUCAAAACGGUUCUUGGCUAUUCACUAACAAAAAAGUUGGCUGCGCUAUUUUAAACCGUAACAUCAUCACCUUUUUUUCCUAUUAUCUAAAAUUCACAAUAGACUCUGGCGAUUUAAUAGAUUUAAUGUACAGGCAAGAGCCCAGAUUUAAAAAAAAUAAUAGCUGUUAACUAUAUAAUAGUGUCUGUAUAUGGCUGGCUCAUUAAUAUUAAUAAAUGGUUUGGUGCGCAUGCGCUGGCAACGGUCGAUUGAUUCCCACAAGGAAAAUCCCAAAAGUCGUCUGCGCGUUUGUAUUUAUUAUCGUCUCGUCCAUUUGGGGAAAUCAAACGAUCGACAAUCGUCCUAAAGGGGAAGCAAGAAAAGGAGGGGGGUCUCGAUGAUAGACGGUCGUGAUAUGGGAAAAUCGUUGGACACCCACACGCCUACCGUUUAGUGUGUAAUCAUCAAGAGAAGAGGGUGGGGGGGAAUUGUUCGCCCAUGUGGGAGGAAGUGGUGGGGUGGCCGUCGUCUUCACCCUGAUUGGCUGGCCGAUGUUUAGCGUGCAGACGGAAAGGAGAAGGAAACCUCCUCCUGGGCGUCGGUCAUUGGCAGACGUCGACUGGCUCCAAUCGCUCCUGACUCCUCCCUUUUCCCCACUGAAGUGCCUUCCCUUCUUGUGCUGGUAGAGGAACGGCUCCGCCUCCUCCUCCCUGUGAUUGUCGACGGACCCGGAGUCAAAUCGUCGCUGGAGGGGCGAAGGACCGGCCCCUUUAUACUCUGUCGGUACGGACGGUCGAGCAUUCAGAAAGCCUUGAGCUGAGCUCCAAGAAACAACCAUCCAACAUUCGUUCCUCCACUUAUUUUCUCCCCCCCACUACUCAACACAAAUCUCAGCGACAACUUGUUUCAUUCUCAACCAAAAGUGCAAAGUGAUUUCUUAGUCUCUCAUGGUGCUCCAAGUGUCGACCCAUUUUUAAAUUCAAAUUCUCCCGCGUUCGCCAAUUUGUUCGGUUUGAUUAUUUGGUUGGUUCAUCCGAAGAAAAACCCAAAAGGAGGACAGCGAGUGCGAUUGAUUAUAGUUGUCUAUAUUGAAUGAUGAUUGCCGACCAAGUUAACGCAUUGAAUCGCGCUCGGGAAGUGGCCGCAGUUGCCAAUCUCAUCCGUUUGGCAGCGGCAUCUCACCAGUCGGCCCAAGCCGCAGCAGCUGCCGCCGCAGCCGCCGCCAGUAAAGCCGCCGAACAUCAAAACAACCAGCCGUCGCCCAAGAUCAAGCGUGAUCCGGCGGAAGACAGCCGCAGCAGCAGCAGUAGCCGUCACAGCACGGAAGAAGAGGAAGAAGAAGAAACGAUCAGAAUGUCGUCGUCAAUAACUGGACCGGUGGUGGUCUCGUCGGCCGCUUCCGUCAUGCCCGUCUUGCCCGUCGUCCCCCAGCCGUCGAAGCGCAUCUCUUUCAGCGUCGACUCGCUCCUCUCCGACGUCCGCCGGUCCUCGUCUUCGUCGGCCCAGCAGCCGCAACAUCCACAGACCCAGGCCGCUGAUUUGUCCCUCCGCUCUGUCGGCAACAACAACAACAACACGAGCACCGGCAGCCACGGCGGAUGUCAUACAUCCAGCGAUGAGGAGGACAACAAAUCCAUGAUGGACUCGACGGAAGAGGUGGACUGCGACGUCGAUUGCGACGAAGACGACGAGGAUGUCGACAUUGAAGAAGAGGAGGGAAUGUCCGAAACUUCCGACUCGACGCCCAAUGGCAAAAUCUCCCGGCCGUCUCCCACGUUGGCCUCAGCGGCCGCCAGCAUGUUCCACCACCACCAUCCGCACCAUCCGGCCAAUCUCAUGAGUCACCACCAUUUUCAGCAGGCCAGCCUGCAGGCCAUGCAAAUGAGAGGCAUGGUGGCCGGAACUCACCCCAAUUCCGGCGCAUCCGUCGGUGGUCCGUCUCCGUUCCCCGGUUCAGCCGUUGGACCGGCCUCACACGGAUGGCCCUUACCUUACGGCCUGGCCGCAGCCGCCUGGGCCCAACACGCAUCUCAAUUUGUCUCCAAAGAUGGAUCUGAUUUGAGCAAAUUGCCAGCCAGUCUUCACCAUCAAGGCCUAAAUCACCACCACCACCACCACCUGGACGGUCUGCCCAAACUGCCGCCGGGCGGUCAACUCCGCUGCCAACUGCGCAAGCACAAGCCCAACCGCAAGCCGAGAACGCCGUUCACCACCCAGCAGUUGAUGGCCCUCGAGAAGAAGUUUAGAGAGAAGCAAUACCUGUCCAUCGCCGAGCGGGCCGAAUUCUCCGCUUCGCUCUCGUUGACCGAAACCCAGGUGAAAAUCUGGUUCCAGAACCGACGCGCCAAAGCCAAGCGGCUCCAGGAGGCCGAGCUGGAGAAAUUGCGGAUGACGUCGCGCGGACCUCUCGGGCAUCUCAUGUCGCCGCACAGCGCCGCCGCGUUCGGCCUCUUUGGUCCCGGCGCCAUGUCCGGACUCUACGGACCACCACCGUCGGGAGGCGGAGGUCCCGGCGCCCCGCCCAACUCUUCCAACGGCGGCAGUAACAAUCCUAACUCUUCCGCCGGAAGCAACGGUAGGCCUAGCAAUGCCUCGGCGGCUGCAGCUGCCGGAAUGAUGAGCGCCUUCGCUUCCCUCUACCCGAUGACGAGCAGCUCGUCGGCCAUCAGUUCCAGCGGCCCGUCUAUGGGCAACAACAACACCGUCACCACCAGCGUCGCCGCUAUGAUUCACCGCUAAAUCCAUCAUCUCUUAUUGUGUUCUCAAAAAAUAUUCUACAAAUGUUUACUACAUCAGCAUUCAAUAUCCUCCUUUCAUUACACCUGCCGUGUAAAAUUCGAUGCAAUGCAGCGCAUUUCAAUUGCCAUCAACUCCCCACUAUAUAAGAGAUAUGUAAAUAGUGAUGUAAAUAAUAAUUCCUAUAAAAGAAAAAAUCCUCUUUUUUUUAAAUAAUUCUCUCCUUUUGUUUUCCCGUUUGUUGUGCAUCUCCCAUUGUUUCUCUCGCCGCUGGUUACAUCAUUUCUCACUCAACUGUGUUUAUAUAUAAUUGUUUUUUUGUAUUUUGUAUAAUCAUUCGUUUCUGUUUUUGUGGCAAAUGCAAAAUGGAAAAAUUAA